ACAUGUUCUUGUUCUUUGUUCCUGGCCCAAUGCAUGUUGCUCUGAAUGCAUGUUGCGUUUCUCUUUUGUGCUAAGAGCAAAUAAAGGACCGCUUACCUGAAAGGAGUAUAUAUUCUUCUAUUUUGAUCCUUAUCUCCUAGCCUUUCUCCAAUUACCACUAACAUCUUACACUUGCCUACCAUAAAGCUUUUGUAUGCGUUAACCAGACCAGACUAAUAUCAACGGCUGAGAGACUAACAUGACGUGAGAUCCAUCCAAUCCGUACUCAUUACCUAUUACUCUCAUACCGCAGACAAUGUUCGUUCCCUUUAUCGGUCUGUUUGUCACCUUGACGUUCCUCGGUGCUCGUUUCACAGUACCAGGAAUGAAGGAGCUCACUGACCGCCGCGAGCCUCUCUUUAUGCGCAUAUCGAGCGCCGUAUGCAUAGCAUCAGAGGCAAAUAUAAUCCUCGACAUUGCGCAAGUCGCCACAUGGGUAUACAAGACAGCAACUCUCCCGAAAGACCUUCUGCCCUACAACUGGGACAAUCUCUGGUGUCCCAUCAGUCGAGCAGACUUGAUCACCGAGAGGGGACUCCUAGUGAUUAACAACACGGAGACAUCGCUCAUCGAUCUUUACCCAAUAUGCUAUGAGGAAGACAAACCCAGCUGGUGGAACGAUGUCCACGUCGACCGGAAUACUGACGACAAUGCUUCAACGAUAUUGCCUUCUUUCAAAGAGUUCCUAGACAUUGUCAUCGCCAUUUCCUGUAUAUCAUUACACAGCUGGACUCGCAUCACCUCGUGGGGACGCUCUGCAAAAGGUUCCCGGCCCGGAGCACCCUCCGACGUAUCUGACGGCAGUGAUGAGGGUACGCCGACCUCUAUUCAGAUCCAUCCUAAAGUGGAGAAAGCGAUCUCGCGCAAUCAACGCAGCCGAACAUUCCAUGUACAACCCUCAGACUUCACUAUCGCUGCCAAAGACCCAAAAGUCAGCCUUGUCAGCGCUGACAACAACUUCGCACAACCUACUCCCGAAGCCCGCUACAUACUAGAGCGACAAUGGGCUCUAGAUCUGUACCGACCUCAAAACCGUGCUCCGGCUCUGAUAAUCCGUGCUUUGGUCGCCAGCCCAGCUGCACAUACUACACAACCCGGACGCAGUAGGCAAUCCCGACCUUACCAACUAGAACAAGACCAACUAGAAAAACCCAACAAGAAACGCAAGAAGAACCGCCCCAGUCAAGGAAAGAGAGAGCGCUGGUCGCAGAAACGUCAAAGGAUGCGGGAACCAAGGGAAGGGGACGGUGGAGACCCAGAAGAGAGGAGACAAGAGAUGGAAGAAGAGCAUCCUGCAUUGGCGGAUACGGACGAACAGCCCGAAGCUUCGAUCUCUGAUUAACAUGUACAGGUAGUUAUAUAUACAUCUUCCUAUUCACCCUGUUCGUCCCGUGGGUAAUUAACGGAUAUUUGUCUCGCUCAAUCUGUGAUCUGAUCACCUCCAGAUCUCUUGAGUCCUUAGCUCGUUUGUUGGCAAAAGUUGGUAUGUGGGGAUAGUUGGGGAGUGGCUUAGUUCUUGUUGGACACUCUUGGGAUCUCUCAUGGCGGUUUGUGCUCUGCUGAGGGUGGAAUGUAUGAAUUCACAAUGUAUUUUGAGCAUAUAUGUUGGCGUUUGGGUUAUGCAAGAAAAUAUAUAAUGUUUAGUAGUCUUUCAUAUGAAUAUAAAUGAUUAGUGUAGACCAUCCAAAUGAUUCUCGAUCCGUCUACCAGAAAUUAUCUAAUUCGUGAGCCAGCUU